AAAAAGCCAUUUUAAUUUCCUCUUAAUUUAUCAUAUCAACCUCCAAAAUCCAAAAAUGGGGAAUGGAUGUUACACAUCAAAUUUGUUAACAAUCAAGGUUAUAUUUCACGAUGGAACGACGAGGAUGGUGACCGGAAAAAAGCUAGCUGGAGAGAUAAUGUUUGAGUACCCCGAUUGCAUGGUAUGUCAUGCGGACUCAUUUUUCAUUGGUCAACCUAUUCCAUCGUUAGGUAUCGACGAUAAGCUAAGGAAUAGCGAUACGUACUUUGUUCUUCCACUUGAUUCCUUCACAAACAAAGUGCUUUCGGCUUCUUCUCUUGCUACCUUAGGUAAUAAUAAUAAUAAUAACAACAACAAAAGAGGUCAUGUUAACUUCAAGAACCCUGCUUUUGAAUAUAUAAAGGGAUCAAAUGGUAGAGUUUUGAUUAAAGUCGCACCGGAGUUUAUGAUCAAGUUACUCCAAAGAGGAAAUAAGGAGGAAGAGGGGGAUUGUGGAUCUAGUAGUUCAAGCCCUAAUUUUUUGUGUAGCACACCUGAGUUGAAGAAGCAUUACGAACAAUUGGUUGGACCAAAAGGGCAAAUAUGGUCACCUAAAUUAGAUACUAUUUCUGAAUAUAAGAUUAGGUAUUCACCUUGUAGAUUGAUUGGAUUGGAAUGGAGAGAGAAAGAAUAGUUUUUUUUUUUUGUUGUUAAAUUGUGAUAUAAUUAGACUCUUUUAUCCCCUUUGUUUUCCU